AGAGGAUUUGAAUAUUUUUACUACAUGUUAAAUGUAUAAAGAUUUUUUUUCCGUCAUGUGAUGAUGCUUGUUAAUAUCAGUAUGGAAAUAUAUGAAACAUUUAGGGAGCGAGUUUUUACCUGAGGUGAAUGUGGCAGGUGAGUUAGGUCAAGACGAACGCUGCUUCACCUCCCAUUCGUGAAAACGUAACAGCAGAGGGAGCAGAGAGUCUGCUUUAUUUCUCCAUCUUGUCAUAGAAAUUACCGUCAAGUCUGGUCACGUGACCGCCGGACUCCUCUGGCGAGUUGCUUCAUCUCCCACAGUCAUGGCGGUGUCGGGGAGUCGCGGAGAUGGAGUAAAGAGCACUUCUACAUCUUGAUUUUUCUUGGUUGUAGCUCCAUGCUGGACUGUAGGUGCUGUCACUUGAGAUAUCGCUAACAUUCUGCUGCUGCGCUUCCAACGAUGACGGACCGCGGCGUUGAUCUAUCGGCUCUUCCUAAAGAGGUCAGGGACCAGCUGGCGGAGUUGGAUCUAGAGCUAUCCGAAGGUGACAUCACACAGAAGGGCUAUGAGAAGAAAAGGACUAAACUCCUGGCUCCUUACAUAAUUCAUACUCCAGUUUUGCCCCCUCAGAAUGAUGUACAGCCUCCUGCUCCAAGUUCCUCCAGCCAUGCCCCUCCCCCUGCCAGCUCAUCCCGGUAUCGUGAACGUCGGACUCGCAGAACACAUCGCAGUGGGGGAACUAGAGAUGACCGCUACAGAUCAGAUAUCCAUACUGAAGCAGUACAAGCUGCCCUGGCUAAGCAUAAAGAAGAGAAGAUGGCUCUUCCUAUGCCUACCAAAAGGCGUUCCACUUACGUACAGUCUCCCAUCGAAACUCGUACACCACCAGACUCCUCGUCAGGCUCUGAAGAUGAGACAUCGGCGCGCAGACAGUCUUCAAUGGCCGCUCCGCCACCUCUGGUCAAUCCCAACUUGCAGAGCCCAGACUGGAUGAACCGUUCUGCCCAAGGCUCUUCCACCUCCUCCUCAGCCUCCUCCACCAUGUCACACGGUGAGGCCAAGCCACAGCCUCAGAGCAAACCUCAGGCUCAGCCGCAGCCUCAGUACAAGCCCCAGUACCAGCCUCUGUAUCAACCCCACCACCAGCUGCAUGAGCAGAGCCGCACUGCAGCAGUGACAGACAUGCUGGCCCAGAGUCGCAUUGCCCACACUGAGAACAGCGUCCCUCCUCCAGAUGUGACGGCCGUGGCCCCUCCAGCCAGAGGCCCGCGAGUGGACCUGCCCUCCAAAGCUGUUGUCAGAGGGAUGAGCCGCGGGCAGAGCCGCUCGAGCAUGAUGGAGACGGCAGAUGGAAGAGGUAAUUUGCAGAGAGUUCCUGUAAACAGCAGAGUGUCCACUAAGAUCCAACAGCUACUCAACACUCUGAAGAGACCUAAGAGGCCCCCGCUCAGCGAGUUCUUCACAGACGACUCGGAGGAGAUCGUCCAAGUACCCCAGCCGGACCCUAACACACCCAGGCCAGAGGGCCGUCAGAUCAUCCCAGUGAAAGGGGAGCCUCUGGGAGUAGUCAGUAACUGGCCCCCAGCGCUGCAGGCAGCAUUGGCUCGCUGGGGGGCCACUCAGGGGAAGAGCCCUGCUCUCACUGCUCUGGACAUCACUGGCAAGCCACUCUAUACACUGACUUAUGGGAAGCUGUGGAGUCGCAGUGUGAAGCUGGCGUACACUCUCCUGAACAAGCUGGGCACCAAGAACGAGCAAAUUCUCAAACCUGGAGACAGGGUGGCGCUUGUCUAUCCAAACAGUGACCCUGGGAUGUUCUGGGUGGCUUUCUAUGGCUGCCUCCUGGCUGAGGUUAUACCUGUACCUAUCGAGGUACCGCUGUCUCGCAAGGAUGCAGGUAUCAGCCAGGUGGGCUUCCUGCUUGGUAGCUGUGGUGUUGGUCUGGCUUUGACCAGUGAAAUCUGCUUGAAAGGUUUACCCAAGACUCCCACUGGUGAAAUACUACAGUUCAAAGGAUGGCCUCGACUAAAGUGGGUAAUAACAGAUUCAAAAUAUCUGACCAAACCGUCAAAAGACUGGCAGCCGCACAUACCCACUGCUAAUACUGACCCUGCGUAUAUAGAGUACAAGGCGAGUAAAGAAGGCACAGUGGUGGGUGUGGCUGUAUCUAAAGUGGCCAUGUUGACCCACUGCCAAGCACUGACCCAGGCCUGCAACUAUUGUGAGGGGGAAACUUUAGUGAACGUCCUGGACUUUAAAAAGGAUAUGGGCUUAUGGCAUGGAGUACUUACGGCUGUAAUGAACAGGAUACACACGAUCAGUGUUCCCUAUGCAGUAAUGAAAGCUUGUCCUCUUUCCUGGGUACAGAGGGUCCAUGUCCAGAAAGCUCGUGUAGCUUUGGUGAAGUGCCGUGACCUGCACUGGGCCAUGAUGGCUCAUCGGGACCAGAGAGAAAUCAGCCUGGCUUCAUUACGGAUGCUCAUUGUGGCUGAUGGUGCUAACCCCUGGUCGGUCUCUUCCUGUGAUGCCUUCCUGAAUGUGUUUCAGUCACAUGGGCUGAAGCCUGAGGUUAUCUGUCCUUGUGCUACCUCUCCUGAGGCCAUGACCGUAGCUAUACGCAGACCAGGAGUCCCAGGAGCACCCCUCCCAGCUCGCGCUAUCCUUUCCAUGGGUGGCCUGAGUCACAGUGUCAUCCGGGUGAAUACAGAGGAUAAGAACUCAGCUCUGACUGUACAAGAUGUAGGACAUGUGAUGCCUGGAGCUCUGAUGUGUAUAGUUAAGCCAGAUGGACCUCCUCAGUUGUGUAAAACCGAUGAAAUAGGAGAAAUAAUAAUCAACUCCCGUGCUGGAGGCACCAUGUACUAUGGCUUGCCUGGACUCACCAAAAACACAUUUGAGGUGAUACCGGUUAAUGCGAAUGGAGUACCCAUUGGAGAGAUUCCAUUUGUGCGAUCAGGACUUCUGGGAUUUGUUGGUCCAGGGAGUCUGAUCUUUGUGGUGGGGAAGAUUGAGGGUCUGCUGAUGGUGAGUGGACGGAGACACAACGCUGAUGACCUGGUGGCCACUGCUCUCGCCGUGGAGCCAGUUAAGACAGUUUACCGUGGAAGGAUCGCUGUGUUUUCAGUCACAGUGUUCUAUGAUGAGAGGGUUGUAAUUGUGGCAGAGCAGAGACCCGAUGCCAGCGAGGAGGACAGUUUCCAGUGGAUGAGCCGAGUUCUUCAGGCUAUAGACAGCAUCCAUCAGGUGGGCCUCUACUGUCUGGCUCUGGUCCCAGCCAACACUUUACCCAAAACACCCCUGGGUGGCAUCCACAUCUCUGACACUAAACAGUUCUACUUAGAGGGCAACCUGCACCCCUGCAACAUCCUGAUGUGUCCCCAUACUUGUGUCACCAACCUGCCCAAGCCCCGCCAGAAGCAACCAGUGGGUGUAGGUCCUGCAUCUGUUAUGGUGGGUAACCUUGUGGCUGGGAAGCGGAUUGCCCAGGCUGCAGGGAGGGACCUUGGCUUGAUCGAAGACCAGGAUCUUGUCCGAAAGCUCUGUAUGUGGCCCACAGUGAUGCAUCAGUACUUGACAGAGGCUCUGCAGUGGAGAGCCCAGACAGACCCAGACCAUGUCCUCUAUGUUCUUCUUAAUGCCAAGGGGGUAACAGUAGGAACGGCGACCUGCGUCCAGCUUCACAAGCGAGCAGAGAAAAUCGCUGCAGCACUCACUGAGAAAGGCAGCAUCAACACCGGGGAGAACGUAGUGCUGCUCUAUCCUCCUGGUAUUGAUUUGAUUGCGGCUUUUUACGGCUGCCUCUAUGCUGGAUGUGUUCCAGUAAACGUCAGGCCUCCACACUCUCAGAACCUGGCAGCCACGCUGCCUACUGUCCGGAUGAUUAUAGAUGUCAGUAAAGCUGCGUGUAUUCUUACAACACAAAACCUCAUGAGGAUUCUGCGCUCCAAAGAGGCUGCAGCUUCUGUCAACAUUAAAACUUGGCCAAUAAUCAUUGAUACAGAUGACCUUCCUCGGCGCCGGCCUCCACAUAUUUAUAAGCCACCCACAGCAGAGAUGAUAGCUUAUCUGGACUUCAGUGUGUCUACAACAGGCAUGCUCACUGGGGUCAAGAUCUCUCAUGCAGCAAUCAGUGCACUUUGUCGUUCCAUAAAGCUUCAGUGUGAACUGUACUCCUCUCGCCAAAUAGCCAUCUGUCUGGAUCCUUACUGUGGUCUGGGCUUUGUCUUGUGGUGCCUCGCAAGUGUUUACUCAGGUCAUCAAUCCAUCCUGAUUCCCCCCUUUGAGCUAGAGAGCUGUUUGUCUCUGUGGCUGAGCACGCUCAGUCAGUACCGUAUCAGGGACACCUUCUGCUCCUACUCUGUCAUGGAGCUCUGCACUAAAGGACUCGGUACACAGACAGAGUUGCUCAAGGGACGUGGUGUGAACCUGUCAUGUGUGCGGAGCUGCGUGGUGAUUGCAGAGGAACGUCCUCGCCUCGCCCUUACGCAGUCCUUCUCCAAGUUGUUUAAAGAUUUGGGGCUGUCGUCCAGAGCUGUGAGCACUGCUUUUGGCUCCCGGGUCAACCUGGCUGUCUGCUUGCAGGGCACCACUGGUCCUGAUCCCUGUACGGUGUAUGUGGACAUGAAGUCUCUACGCCAUGACAGGGUGAGGCUGGUGGAGAGAGGAGCACCUCAAAGUCUUCCCUUAAUGGAAUCUGGCAAGAUACUGCCAGGUGUUCGGGUGAUAAUCGUAAAUCCUGAGACCAGAGGCCCACUUGGUGAUUCUCAUCUGGGAGAGAUCUGGGUGAACAGCCCUCACAAUGCAAGUGGUUACUACACCAUCUAUGGAGAGGAGAGUCUUCAGGCUGACCACUUCAACACCAAACUCAGCUUUGGAGAUCCACACACAUUAUGGGCCAGAACUGGAUACUUAGGUUUUGUGAAGAGAACAGAGUUGCUGGAUGCCAGUGGAGAUCGACAUGAUGCCCUGUUUGUGGUGGGCUCACUGGAUGAGACAUUGGAGCUUCGAGGAUUGCGCUAUCACCCUACUGACAUUGAAACAUCAGUGUCACGGGCUCACAGAAGUAUUGCUGAGAGUGCUGUGUUUACAUGGACCAACCUGCUGGUGGUGGUGUCAGAGCUAUGUGGUUCAGAGCAGGAUGCAUUGGAUCUGGUGCCUCUGAUCACCAACGUGGUCCUGGAGGAGCACCACUUAAUCGUCGGUGUGGUGGUCAUUGUGGACCCAGGGGUUAUACCCAUUAACUCAAGAGGAGAAAAGCAACGCAUGCACCUUCGGGACUCGUUCCUCGCUGAUCAGCUGGAUCCUAUCUAUGUUGCUUACAACAUGUGAGCGCUUAUGGUGGUCUGUGUUUGUUUGGCCAUCAUCCACCGUCUUCUGUACCAUCAGCUCGGUCACUGGCUUGGCAGGGGGUGUAAAGCAAAAGCAUGACACCCAGCCCCAAAUGACACCAGCAUACCGUGGCCACUGCAUGUCUGUGAUUAGGUCUGCCACGUUUGGAGUUGUUCACUGUGGUUUUAUACAAACAUAACAUUUUGCAAAAUGGAACAGGUGAUAUGUACUGUGAAAUGCAAAGAAAAGCAAAAUCCCACAUGUACUUUUUUUUUUGAAGAAAGGUUAAAAUGACACAGCAGGUCCACUUAAUAAUGAAUAACUUAGGACUGUCUUAGUGGAAAUCUGUCCUCUUAUUCUCUAUUUACCACAAACAUGUUCCCUUUUUUGUCUCUUAAACAACUUAAAAUAUUUUUUCAUGCGGCUUUCAAACAAAUUCACACAAAUGCAUGUGCUGAGCCCUUAUUUCUCAGUAAAGUGGAUGAAUAAGAGGGCAAAACAGCAGCUUGUCUCACUCAGUGUGCAUAUUUAAAGAGUUUAUUUUUCCCCUAAUAAUGAAGCCAAAUAGAUGUUUCUGCUCUAAUAUCUUUCCUGCCUUAUUAAACUUCAGCCAUACAUUCCUUACUUCAUUUUUAUUGAAUUUACUAUUAAUGGCUGUGUACUCUUCUUUGACUAGUAGAGGAAAUCCUUACAGAUCAAAAGAGAUCAAAAUAAUAGAGGAAAGAGGCCAUAUUCUGUACUGUAACUACAAGGGUCUCUUUGUAUUUUAGAUACUGUACAUGCAUUUUUGUACAAAUGUAUAAAUCUUUGACUCACCUUUCUCAGUUGAUGGUUUCUGGAUUAAUAACCCAGCUGGGAGACUGUAGUAGUAGCAGAAAAAAGAUUGUAAAUAAGAUUUAACAGUUACAAAUACUUUUGUUGUGGGUACACUAGAUAUACAAGGGAAGAUAAAGAUAAAUAACUUUAAAGCAUUAUUAAUCAGUACAGAUAUAAUGUUGCACUUUCUCUAAAAUGAUCUAUUUUAUUAUAAAAAUGAGGCAUUAAAAUUAAUGUUUCAGGAGCAUAUAGGAUAUUUGAAUUUUACUGGUUGAGGAGCUUUGAGAGUUUACUGGGAGAGCUAUCACUGUUACCCUUCCAUGUCAGCCACUGGGGAUGAAAAAAAGUGUCUGUUGAGAAGGUUAAAAACCAAUAUUAUGACUGUUUUCAGGCUACCAGGUUAUUUUGUAAAAAGAAGGCCCGUAACUGUUCAUCUAUUAUCCAUUGCCAUUGUGUUUGUAAGCAGGCAUGAUCUCCUCAGUUUUGUACUGGUAAUGGAGGAAGCAUAAAUGAGUUUGGCCCAUUUUCCUCUCAGAACUCAAAAAAGUCAUCAGGACUGUGUUUUGUGUUUGUGCAACUUUGUAAAUAAUGAUUUUGAAUUCCAAAACCAUUGUUGUUGGUACUGUAGUCAAUAGAAUCAAGUAAACAAGUGUCAUGGUUAUUUUCUGUAUUCAGUCACUGGAUUUAUAAGCACUUGUGAAUGCAGCUGCAAAGCUGAGCCACAUUCGAAACAUUGAUUGGCAAAUAAAGAUAACUGAAAGAAAAGGGAUUUAAAAACAACAUAUGUGCAUCAAGAUGUACUUGAUUUCCUGCAAAUUUAUGCUUUCCUUGUGCUCCUUGCCAUAAUUUCAAAGUUGUUUGUUUUGGGUUAUAAUGUUUUAGUGAUGCACCCUUAAUGUCAGCCUGUAAAUAGUUUUGUUUUCUUCUCAUUCUUAUUGACUUUGCUGUCAUUCCAUAACAACAUUCAGCCAGACCAAACACACAUUUAGAGAAGUCUUUAAUGUUUAAUGCUAAACAGGGAUGAUUAGUUUGUUAACCCAUUAUGAGUGACACACUCAUCAAAUCAACAUUUUUAAGAUAAAAUAAUGAAUUGAUUUUUAAAAGAUGAUAAAAAUGAGGGCAAGAGUCAACAGUUUACAAGAAAAGUUAAAGAUUUAACCUCUCACAUGUUUUAUUAUUAUAUUUAUUUUAUUUCAAGUUUCGAGUUUCUUCAGAGGCUGCAAAAUAAAAUGCUUUAGUGGACUGUUCAAGUUUUCCAGAAAACCUUCUGGUUUAAGAAAGUUGUUUGAAACAAAGCAUUAGGUCUAAAUGGGCUAAUGCACUUUGCACUGGUGGUACAUACAGUAGCUUUUACUGUGUGGACUAAUUAUAUUAAUUUCAUAUUACAUUAAGUGGGUUGAAUAAUUUUAAACAUAUACAGUCUGAUAUUGAUAUUUGUUUUUUUCCCCUAUUUUAGUCAACCCAGAAAAAAAUCAAAGGAAAACAAAAAGAAUCUAAUAACACCUCAUUUUAGCUUUAUUGUUGUGUCCUACAGUUGCAGCAGAAUGUUUGCAUGACUCAGCCAAGCACAAAAAGAUAUUGGUUUGAGAUACUUUUCAAUUGGGGGCACAGAUUGGGGGGGGGUAAAUAUGUAUAAAACCAUUUAUUCAGGGAGCAAAACUAAUAAUACAGGGAUGGACCAGUGGUCCCAUGGUGCAAUCUGUGAAUAGUACCCAUAAAAUGUAGACACUUGUCUGAAGGAAUCUUUUUGUCAUCACAGAUCUUGCAAACCUAAAGAGGAAAAAGAGGAGUUACUGUCAACCAGUCCUGUUUUGCUAGGAAGUCUACAAGGGCUUCUCCUGGUUCCCACUUUUUAGCAUCAAAGUUCUUACACACUAUGCAAUCCUUAUGAAGGUGCAAAUUCAUUUCAAAGCUUGCACAGUAGAUGUGAUGCUCAUGAUUUUUUUUAGUAACUAACAAGGACUAAUGAAAUUUAACCAGUAGUGUACUUAAGACUGUAUUCAUCUCUCUUGAGUUGUUCUGUCAAUAUUUUGUGUAUGCACUCUUAAUGUGUUGUAUUGUAAUUACUUGGUAAAAUCUACACUUGCUCCGAGAGGGUGUGAUCCACUGAUUAAUCUUAGAUGAUAGAGGGUGUUUUAACUAUUACACCGUCAUUCCAGGUGGUUCACUUCUUCCCAUUUUUCUCACUUAUUUUUUUUUUUUUGGUUUGUUGUAUUUUGUUUUAUACUUUAUGUAUAUGUAAUGCAGAAUAAACAAGCAUUUAAUCAGUG